GUGAGAUAUAAACGCUAUGAGUUACAUGUAAACGACGGCACAAAUUGUCUGUAUCUGGGACAAAUUUAUAUGGGAUUAACGGCUGCUAUACCUUCGAAACAUCUUUUAAGAGUCUAGCCUACUGCAUUUCCUUAGGGUUUUACAGACCUCGAUCGUGAACUCCGCUGCAAGCUACUCUGAAGUUUGUUGACAGUAAUCGGAGUGAUGAAUGAUCCGACCACGAAAGGCCUUUUAAACGGGAAUAACACUGAAAAACGGCGCGGUGAUGAAUCUCCUGGUUUUGUUGGAGCGGUACAUACCUCAGAUUACCUAACCGAUGUCGAGAUACAGCCCACAAGCGAGAAGCCUAUGUAUCGCCCGACUGGAUUGUCCAAACGCGAGAUGUUGAUGAUCGCUGGAUUAUUUCUUCUUUUGGUAUUGUGCAUUUUAUUUAUUGCACUGUAUGCAAAAGUGGCUUUAAAGAAGAGUGAUCGCAAAAGUGAAGAGGAGAAAAAUGAAUCGAUUGGAUGGAUCCUUGCAGCCUCUGGUAAGUGAGCGUCAACGACUUUCCAGACUAAAUGACGACUAGUCGGAUUUGAUUUUUCGGUCGAGUGGUUAUUGUACUCUUACAGGGGGCAUUGUGAAAGAACCAUGAUAAUUUAUACUCUCUGAUUUGCGUUUUGAUAACACACUGGGAUUGUUUCCUUUUUAAACUAAAUGAAAAUAUGAUUGUUGGGAAUAUUGGCUAAAAGAUAUCUCAAGUUUACAAAUAUUUCUUCUGCGGUUGAAAAGAAAGUACAUGAAUUUGUGUGUUAACUGCCGAGGAACUUGACAGCCUACAGGCGUUGACUACUUGAUAGCUACCGAGACUGUUGACGUAGUGUCAUCAACUUCUCAAAGACAAUUGAUAACAUCAUCAACUUCAUUUCUAACAAAAGGGUUUGACAUGAUCAAAAUUAAAUCAAUAUCGUGCAGCUUAUUAUCAUGGCAAAAAAUACCUUCUUAAAAUUCAUGCGACAGACCCUAAAAGCAAUUACUUCGAUGCGUAAGUAAAAUGUUCACGCCUUCUAUUAUCAAAAGACAGUUAAAAGAGGGUCUCAAUGAGGUGAUGGCUUUACGGCUAACGGUUAAAAUUUUAAGCAAUUUACGGCUAACAGUAACAUAUUUUCGUUGUUUCCACCAGACAAUUUUUACGGUUAAAUUUUUUGACGACUAAUGGUUAAAAUUUGUCAACUUUCACGCCUAACGGCUAAAUUUCUUGGCCGUUUUACGGCAAUCGGUUAACCCUAUUGAAAACCUCUUUAAAGGGGCUUUUUUUGACAGUUGCGCGUAGUUUUCGUUGUCUCGAGAAACAAAAUAACAUCUUUAAAGGUCACUAUUCAGGUGUGAAAUGACUAUAAUAACUUUGAUAAUAAUCAUGAUAAUAAUUAUAUUAAUAUUAAUAGUAAUAACGAUGAAAUAAUGAUAAUAGUAAUGAUUAUGAUAGUAAUAAUGAUGAUGAUGAUGAUAGUGGCUUUGAUGAUAAUAAUUUUCAAAAACACCAUCUCUAUCUUUGCUUCUACUAUUAUUACUAUGAACUGUCAAUAAAAGUACCGGGGAUGUUGAUGAUGAAUUAAAACAAUCAUGAGAGGUAUUAAUAAUUUCUUUAAACGCUACCUUGAUCGAGGCAUUAUAUUUCUUUUCCAAAAAAAAGUUCCUAUCUUCUUUCACAUCAAUACCAUUGUAUUCCUCAUCAUCAUCAUCAUCAUCAUCAUCAUCAUCAUCAUCAUCAUCAUCAUUUUUUUCGUUGUUAUGAUUUUUAUCGUUAUCAUUAUUAUUAGUACAAUCAUUACCAUUAGUAUGAUUAUCAAAGUUUUUUUUUAUUUUCUUUGAAUUCAUAACCACAAAGACCCAGCGCAAUUUUUUAACACUGAAUUGAAUUUCUGUGUUGUUUGUACGAUUGAUUCUUGAUACUUCUCGUUAGAUUGGUUUAACAGCUUGGUUUUUUUUCCCGGUCAACGCUUCUUUGGUCUGAUCCUCGUAGAAAUGUAUUAAUUAUGGAACUAUGAUCAAUGAGUAACCAACGCUGAGCCAUUUUACAGCUAGACCUAAUCUCAUUUUACUGGAAUGGUCGCGGCAGACAGCAGCCUUUGCCUACAACUAGGCAGUACAGAAAGCCGCAAAACUCUAGAAAAAAAAUUUAUCUUUAACAUCGACACUCUUAGACUUCACAGUAUCAACAAACGCUUCUCAUUUAACUAAUUUAUUCUUGUGUUUUUCUAGAUCUUCUAAGUGCGAUGAACGCUAGUGCAGACCCAUGCGACGAUUUUUACCAAUACGCUUGUGGAAAGUGGAUCAAAAGGAGUUCUAUUCCAGAGAGCAGGCCUUCCUGGAGUCAGUUCGGCGUCCUUGACCAAAAUAAUGAAAUUAUCAUGAAGAGACUUAUCUUCGAUGACGAAGAUAGUGCAAGAGCUCAAUAUAAAGAUGUGAGUUUCUGUUUUAAUUUUCCUUCAUAAUUAAAGAACACGGCCAGAGAUGGUUUACUAAAGCACUAAUCAGGUUAGUACAAUUGUUUGUUUAACAAUGUGGCCUCCUCACGGAUGUUUACCACAACCCCUUUUACAAUAUUGACUACUGUAUUGCUAUCAUUGGACAAAGUAGCCAUACAGAUCGCAGCCUCUGUUUUCACUCCCGCCUACGUGGCUGCAAGGAAAAUUGAAGCACGUUAACGAUAAAUGAUUGGUCUGUUUGAAAAUGAGUUUCUUUUGCCAUCCGCCUUAUUUUUGCUUUUUUCUGUCACUUUUUAAGAACGAAGCUGUUAUGAAAGGGUUCGACCUGUUUGAUUCUUGCAUGGAUGAAGCCAAAAUCGAAGAACUGGGUGCGGAACCACUCUUUGAUUUAAUCAGGGAGUAUGGAUCAUGGAACGUCACGGAUGGAAACUGGACGGAGGAUUCUUGGAACUUCAUGGAUAAUUUUGUAAAGAUUCAAAAGUAUCUGUCGAUAGCGCCUUUGUUCUCCAUGUAUGUUAGUCCUGAUCUUAAGGACUCCGCGAAAAAUAUCAUUUAUGUAAGUGACAAGUAAUAUUACAGAUUACCGCUCAUUUUUUGUCAUCCAACAGCCCUAUCUAUCUCUUUCUUGGCACAAGCAGUCACUCCUAGCGCUGAACUGGGUUGGAGACUCACCAGCUCCACCCAAGUCAACGCAAAAAGAAAGUCUCGAAGUUUAUAACUUCUACCCAACUAUUUCUCAUCCCUAUGAGAAACUUCGCAGGAUAUUCUCAAUUCCUUAUAAUCAGAGUUUGAAAUGUCAUUGGUUGCAUUCCCUCGGUUUUUCCCUCAGUCAGUAAGGAUAACUAUGAUUCCAAGCUGAGCUAACGCCUCUUAAAAUUUCUCACGCAAAAUCAUAGGGCUCGUCAACCGAUACUCUUGAUUCUAAUAAGGGGAAAAGCCUUAGUCUAGGAUGCCCCUUCUUUUCUCAACAUCAAAUACCAGGGUCAAUGUUUCGUAAAUGUGCUUUGUUUUGAUUUGUUUUGUUGUGUUUCUUGGUUUAUCUUUGUAGUGUUUCACGUAAGCAUUGUUGGGAUAAAUUAUUCCUUCAUCAUUUUAUUUUUACGUGCACAUUUUCAGUUUAACCAGGGUGGAAUUUCUAUUUCUCAAGAGUCUUACCUGAAGAAUUCUUCUCGGGAUAUAAAGGUCAGUGCAAUCUCUUGUCAAGUUGGCGAACAUGCAUCAUGAGGGUAACAAGUUUUGUCACUGGGCCCUUUUCGCUGGAAAUCAAACGGGUAUCGCAAUAAAAACAGGGUUCAAAAAACAAGUUAAGCACACUUAAUCCACAAGUCUAUAAGUUCUAACGUCUCUGACAAUUUACUCCAUGUGAGAUUGACCAAAGUGUCUUGCACUGCUCUUCAUACCCAUUAGAUUCUUUUUCUUCGUCUAAUAGGUCCGUGCAGCGUACAAAAAACUCAUGAUUGAUCUUGUGAAACUUCUCACUGACAAUCCAAACGCAAAAGCUUUGAUGACAGAAAUCUACAAUUUCGAAGAAUCGUUAGCGAAGGUAGGUCGCGCUGAAACGCUUCCAUGGUGAUUUUCGACAUCUUUUUACUAAAUUUUUUUUUUGGCUCUAACUUUACUUUCACUCUUCGCUCUUUUUCCCGUGCUUACGCGUUUUUCUUGCGCUCGUAACCGCUCGCGCAACCCCCCCCCCGUCUGCUGUAGACCUGAGAACAAUUGCAAGUUCAUGAUGUUUCAACUAAACUUCGUUUCAGGCAUUUGUUGCUAGAAAGAAGACGCAAGAUAUACCCAAGUCUUAUAAGAAAAUGAAGCUGAGUGAUUUCAACAAAUCAGCUGGAACCGCGGUAAGAUAAAAAUAAUUCGAAGGUGACACCGUCUGGCUAUCAACUGAAACCCAUAUUCUGUAAUAUGUAAAGAUUUGUAGGUCAGGACAAAGACAACCGAGAAAUGUCGCCCACACACUUUAAGUACGAAACAGAAAAAAACAAUUUUGAUAUAUUUUUUUUAAAUGGUACAAGGAUCCUGCUCCCUCAGUCACGAAACAUCGCUUCAGAUGAGCACGACGAACCGGAAGUUGAAUUCGUAUGAGUUAUCGUCCUUAACCAAUUUCGAAUGUUCUCUUCGUUUUCACGCUCACCUUUGAGCUGUCUUUGAUAAAAAUGCGCAAUUGUGUGGUCAGGAAAAACAUACAGAACGCUUUCUAGUCUUUAAUUCUAGAAGGAGCAAACGCGACCUGAGUGCCCAGAAGUGAUUAACAUGUAAUUUCUCUAAAUGAUAUCCAUACAUUAUCCAGCAAAGAGGUAAUUCUAUUUUGGGGUCUCUUCCUUUUUUAUGAUGCAAAAGAAACAAAUAUUUCAAAAAAAGAGACAAGGCGUUUGGAAACCGUUAAACGAGAUAUCUUUAUUGCAUUACAGAUUGACAUGAUGGAUCUUGUCAGGAGAAUGUUCAAUGAGACGGGUUACACUAUCACGGGAGAUGAAAUGGUCGUGGGGUUCAAUCUUGAGUACUUUAAGAAUAUGUCAGACAUUGUUAAAGCAACUAGCAAAAGGUAACUAAGCCACGUUUCAAUCUUCUCCUUUAAAACUCCAACAAUCUGAUUUUAAUUGAUCACAGGCGAUUGAGUCACAUGUGGCAUCUGUACUCUGCUUUUUUAUUGUUCUGCUCUUCUGAUAACUAUUCCGACUUCGACAGAAGUGAAAACCAGCCACAAGAGGUGCAUCAUAAUUGAUCCUUUGUCACACUGUAUUUUUCAGAGUGAUGGCAAACUACUUGAUGUGGCAAGUGGUGCGAUAUUUCUCAAGUGAUUUGGACUCAAGAUUCAGAGACGUUUUCCAAGAAUACAGGAAAAGUAUCAUAGGAACCACAGACGACGAUCCUCGAUGGCAGGAAUGUCUUAGUAUUUCAAAUCAUUAUUUGGGCAUGCCAUUCAGUUUGCUGUAUGUUGACGAGACGUUUGAGGGAGAGAGUAAAAAAUCGGUAAGGAAAAGUGGAAAUUGAUUUACUGCUAAACCUUCAGCAAUUUGUCAAAAGAAACAUGAUGAUCUUUUUAUAGGGUUAGUCAAAUGACUUCUUUUAUGUAUGUAUGCGAAAUGUGGCUCUUAAAACUUAAUGGCUUGAACUGAUUUGUAGAAUCCUAUUCGAUCUGAGACAGGCAGUAUCAUUUUAGGAACCUUUAAGGACAAUUAUUAAAUUUUAGACUCCGAAUAUAUCAUUUCUAGUGUUCCGAUUGUUUCACGCGACUCCGAUCAUCGAGUGAAACAAUCGAGUCACCUUAGAUGGAAAUUCAGUGCACCACAUGUUGCGGAGCUGAGAAAGGUUUCCAAGUAUCAACAAGUGCAGGAUUUAAUAAAAUUUAAUAAAAUACUUAUUCCAUUCUCCCUUGUUGGAUACAAACUUGGUUUUAACCAAUUCGACGCCGCGUGCCUCUUUGGCUAUUUACCAUCCCAUAUCCAACACGCGCUCAUGGAGGAAUUGUUAAGUACACUCGGGAACUUAAUGAGUGUAUGGGACAGCGCGAAAGACUUUUGACAUGCCUUUGUAUCUUUCAACUCUAGAAUUGGGUUUCCUCGUGAUCCUCACAAAUGUCCUCUGUCUUUGUAUUGUAGGCAGAGGAAAUGGUUCAUGGUAUAAGGGAGGUUUUUCUUACCGAUUUAGAAAAUCUUGACUGGAUGGAUGAAGAAACCAAGCGCCAAGCAAAAAAAAAGGUUUUUUUCUUUUUUUUUAAGCAUGGGAGUCACACGUGCGAUGCAAAUGUAAACGCAAAUGGAAGGAUUUACACUAAUGAACCACCCCCAAGGAAAUGCAAACGCAAGCUCAGUUCAACGCAAAGAAUUAAAAUAUUUUUUAUUUUCGUGAGCUUGCAUUUGCGUUUGCGUUCGAUUCCCACAAGUGUGAACCGGGGUAACACAAACGCAAACGCAAUGCGAAAAACAAAGGUUCCGUCGGUUCCAUGCCACCACGGCAAAGUUCAAAAGAAGAUGGCGUUACCUAUUUUUAUUUUUUGUGAUAGUACAUAGCACAUUUUAAGAACCUUUUAAUCUCUCAACAGGCUUUAGCAGUACGGGAAAAUAUUGGCUAUCCUGAAUACAUAAAGAACAAAACGGCGCUGGCCUUGAAGUUCAAAGGGGUAGGUUAAUCAUGCCAGCCUUUGUUCCCUCUCAAAUUGAUCUUGGAGGGUUAUACCACCAUUUUUUCACGUUUUCAUAUUUUUUUCAUUUCUCCAAGCUAAAACCGAUUAUUUGUACGGUGCGAGGAAUCAGCAGGAGUCUGUGAUCUCUAAACGAACAGAAUGGAACGGUCGCGUUGUAAACCAUAUGCUUGUACGAAUUAGGAGGCAGGUACCACUGCUAAUCUUUUUCCAUUCUCUUUGGUUCGUCCAAAUUACAGUUUGAUGUGAAGAAGGACCAAUACUUCAAGAACAUUGUACAAGGGACUAAAUUUUAUAACCUGAAACACCACGCCAACCUGGGAAAGCCAGUUGAUAAAGAUAGGUAAGGAUGGGAAUGAAAAGAAAAUAAUUUUUUAUUAUGUAAGUGAAAUUCGGCGAUACUUUAAUCGCAGUACUUUCAAAUAAUAGUAAAAUAUUCAUUUGACAUUAUCAAUAUUUAUCAUUUUAACUCUCUGGCUCCUACUCUCUCAUUGACUGGCUUAAUUACAAAACAAACCAAACACUGCUCGGUAUAAAGGUACAUGAAAUAAGAUCAGGAUUAAUAACAAAUUUGGAAAAAUCGCAGAAUAUCUAAGUGAAAGCAAUGUAGUUCAUUUCUUGAAACUCAAUUUUUUCCAAAUGGCGGAACUAUUCCUUUUUCAAUAUUUUUAAAUAACUAACAGUCAUUACAAUCACUCCUGAUCAAUUUAUUUUUCAAUUAUUUGAUUGACUGCUAUUUUAUUUAUUGAUUAUUGUCUGUUCUAUUCAUGUUAAACUAUAUCAUAUUACAUACUUACAGACGGAGCAGAAGGGCCAGAGGGGCUCCAGGUCAAUUCCGAGUCUGUUUUUUUUUAGUGCUAAAAGCGUGGGAACGCAAGGGUUACAUGACAAUAAGCAAUUAUUGGAUGAGGUUGAACAUAAUAAUAUGAAUUAUGCCGAGGUCUGGGUUAAUUUUGCAAACUCAGUGUCUCUUUUGCAGAUUUUUCAAAAAAUGUAUAAUAAAACAAUUACUGAAUUCGGUUUACGCACGAUAUUAGGAAUUCUCAACAUGGACACGAGGUUUGAUAGUUCACGUAACAUGCGAUAACGUACGGGCCUGAAUUGUUUUCAGGUCCUAUUUUCAGCUACUAGUUCAGUAGUGUUCUUAGCUGCGAGGAUCUCUUAAAUUCGACCAAUAAUUGUUUUAUUAUACAUAUUUUAUACCAUCUGCAAAAGAAGACACUGAGUUUGCGAAAUUUUGAAACAUUAUACGACACGAUAACCCAAUAUCUGCUGCAGAUGUUGGGUUAUCGUGUCAACUUUACACGCUAUGUUAUAUUGACUGUAUGCUCUCGACCAAUCAGAGUCUUAUGGUAAAUCUAAUGUAUAAUAAUAACAUGAUUUAUAAGUAUAUAUAUAAAUAUUUCACGGCAGCUGGGCCAUGCUUCCUACUGCUGUCAACGCCUACUAUUCACCCACUGAUAAUAAAAUAGGUGAGCAAUCAUGUUGUUCUUGUUGCUGUUUUUGUUGUUUGGACAUUUGAUUACUGUUACAUUCUGUUUACCCAAUGUUGGAGAAUUUGAUGGGGGAAGGAAAACAACUACUGCCAUUUUACUGACUUCUAACACACAAUGAGGUCAUUAGACCAUGCUUUCAAAUCCUUAUGCGCUCGAGUCGUACGUUUUAAGCUUUCUCUAUAUCAAGGCUUUUGCUCAUUAUACUACCAUUUUCGCAUACACGUAUUAGAGAAACUCUUUAUAAAACGGAGACUUGUCAAAGAAAAUAGCUAUUCUGCAAUUCAUUCAGAAAUUUGAUGUAUUAUCGAAACGAGCAUUCCUUACUUAUGCUAGUCUCGUCUUUGUAAACAAUUGCUAUGAAAAUAAGACUGAGGAUGACCAGUAAACGCGUUUUGAACUGCUGUGGGAAAUGAAUAACAAGUGAAGGCGUAAUACGGUUACAUUAUGCGAUAUCUUUGACUAACCUGAACGAUUAGGACCCGACAAAGCUCCUCUGUUUUCGCCUAAGAGUAUUGUUAAAAGCUCACGUACUCUGGAGUCGCUGCAUUUGCAUGAUCUACUUUGAGCAGUAAAAUUUCCUUAAACAGGAAAUUCGAAAAAGGCAACUUAACUGUAUGGGGCAAGCCGUGUUGCAUUUUCCCGCGCAGUUUUAGGAAGUCACGUGGAAGGUGUAAGCCAAUCAUCAUACGUAAUUUCGUUGCUAGCCCUUAGUACUUCCGAGGCAGUCUGUUUGUCGAACAAGGUUUAGACUCAAGAAGCUUUAAUUGUAAUUUUAUGUUAAAACGAUUGAAGGACUUUGGCUUGGAUGUUCUGCAAGUUUGAAAUAGAUACGAAGUUUCUUUGUUCUUGUAUCUAAGUGUUCAUAUCCGACUCUCGAUUUGUUUGCGGGUUAUUUGUCCAUUUAUGUCACUUUCCGUUAUCUAUAACAUUUGCUUUCUCCUUUUUUAUUUAGUUUUCCCUGCUGGAAUCAUGCAGAAACCAUUUUAUGAUCACAGAUUCCCCAAGUAAGUGCUAAAAUUGUAAGCGGCGAAUUAACUUGUGAAAGAAGCAGCAUCUUUCCAUCUUCAAGCCUGCCAAUUCGGCUGUCCGUAUGUACAUCUUUUCCUUUGAUUUUUAUUUUAAUUUUAUAUUUCAUUUAGAGCUCUUAACUACGCAGGAAUCGGGGUGGUAGUUGGACACGAAAUAACUCACGGUUUUGACAACACUGGUAAGGAUACUUAUUUUGCUUAAUUAGUAUAUAAAACAACCUUUCUGUAAAAAUGAGACAAAAAGGCAUGCACUUUAGCUGAUAAAUUACUGAUUCUGUAUAAUUGUAACAUUUUUAUGUGAAAUUUGACGAUGCUGGAUUUAAAUCCUAGAUGUGUUAUUUUAGAGAACUGGAAGUGCUUUCGAUUCAAUUCUCGCUGCAAUUCCUUUUGUAGGUCGGCUCUUUAACUUAGAUGGCAACUUGGCGAACUGGUGGACAAACAGAUCUAUAGCAGCUUUCAAAAACAAAACAAAGUGUCUUGAGGACCAAUAUUCCAAUUAUAAGUUUCAUUCAAUGAACGUAAGUAUGUUGUCAUCGAACAAUAAGAUUCCUUCUUACUCAUAAGUGCUCUAUUGCACCAUAACUUAACUUUAAAAAUAAAAAGAUGCCGACUACUAUAACUUGCACACAAACAAAUGAGAUUGUUCUCUCUGGUUUCCCGAGUGCAUUAAGGAUCAUUGAGGUUGAUAGCCGGCCCUGAUAUGAUCGUGUUAACUUGUACCAGAUUACGAUCGAUGAUGCUUUGUGUAGAGUAAGCAAUAAAUUACACAAUUACCCGCCGUGGUCUUCAUCCAGUGGUGGAUCGUGAUGAUAUCUAGUGGUGGUUUUUUGCUGCUUCUACUGUUCCUUUUUCUAUCUUAUUUUUUCUUGCGUGUUUUCGCGUUGUAAGCCACUUCAAUGCUCCACGUAACUUCUGGUUUUGCCAUUGGAAAUCGAUAUAAGUACUUGACGCUCCUUUUACAGCUAAAAGGCGACCGAACUCUCGGGGAAAAUAUCGCAGAUAACGGCGGGAUCAAGCAAGCGUUUCAGGUGGGAUUUCGCUUAAGUUGGUUUUAGCAUCUAUUUCUGUGUUUUCUUUCGUUUUUUUUCGAGGGGGUGGAGAGGGGGAGAGGUAGAGGUUAUUACAGAAUCACGCUUUUCAGACACCUUCUUGAUACGAACACUUCCUUAUUAUGGACAAAUCUCUUGAUCGUUGGAGAAAGCACAGUAAUACGUGUAGCCUAUUAUUCAACCUGCUAUAAUGCGGACAACGAAGACUUAUCUUGCCUAAUCAACAAAUCUACCCUCUUAAUCGCAGUUUUGCUGCCCAAAAAUUUUACUUCGCUUCGAGGAACAUUUACUGAACACACUUUCAAACAAAAGUCACAAUUUACCUUCACCAAAAGCUUUGUUCGUGUUCCAUAAUACUUCGCGUAUAAAGGCCUCUUCCCUAAAUCAAUUCUACUAAACAUUUCAACAAUAAAUAUUCCUUUACCAACUGAUUAAUCAAUGGUACUCAUUUUCAUCCUGGUCAGUCAGAAUUAUAGGAAAUCCAAAAACGUAUAAAUUUAUUCAUAAUUUAAUUGAAUGAAAUGCAAUUCUUUUAACGCAGGCCUAUCAGAACUGGAAGAAAAGGCGGGGUCGUCCAGAGCCUAACCUACCCGGGAUGAAAGACUUUACUAAUGAACAAAUAUUUUUCCUUGGAUUUGCUCAGGUUUGUCGGUCUUUUUUCAGAAAUAAAAUAAAGAAUUUGCAAAAGAAAAACAAACAAACAAAACAAAUAAAAUAAAUAAUCAAGGGAAAUUGACGAAAAAAAUUUCAGAAAGCAAUAAUUUUAAAAAAUGAGGUCUUUGCUUAUUUUUACUGUAGAAGCCAGUGUAUUAGUUUAAUUUCAACAAUGAAAGAAAACAAGCAGAGAAGGCAACUGAAAUAAUUCGAGAAAUAACAAAAUAACUCUGGAGGAUGGAAAAAUCAACUUUUGACGUUUGCUAAAAUUCCCUGCUUUUGUACUUUUUCAGAUUUGGUGCAGAAAAGACCGCCCAUCGGCAAUUGAACAAUCGGUGAAGUUCAGUCGUUAUAGUCCUGCAAAAUUCAGGUUCGGCUGGUAACGUCGGCAGAGACACAUUUAGAAUAUUAAGCAAUAGAUGAGUCGCACGAAACAACAAUAGAGUCUAUAACUUGCGUCGCGUGCGUCCAACGAGACGUCACAACAGAUGUUUUAGGUCUCCCCCAGCUCAGAGGGCCUCAGCACCUAUAUAGUUUUUUCUAAGUAAGCACGCAGCGGUUGAUGGGAGGAAAAAGGAAGAGUAGACUCGCGCCUUUCUUUUUAUUCUAACCGCUUUCCCUUCGUCUCUUUCGUUCAUUACUAUUAUGAUUAUAAGUUUGAACUCGGUCAUCUUGCGAUUUUGAAGCAUGCCAUUUUAAAAUAUUAUGCAUCAAGAAAGAAUUUGUUCCUAGCAGUGGGGUAAGACGCUCUCCCUGACCGCUUUGUAACGAGGCCGCUAUUAUUUUUGUGCUCUGACCUUUUCUAUGCGCCUGUUGCAAACACAAAAUAGGUUAGGAGUAUGCGUAAUAAUAGUUUCAGCAGGAGGAAGUCAAAGUUGUCGCGUUUUCCAUUUUUGUCUUGAGUGGGCGACGAAAACGCGUGAUGAUGGCCAUGGGUAUGUAGUAAUAUCAUUAGUACACUUUAAUCUCUUGAUAUACUUUCUUUUCAGGGUGAUUGGUUCUCUAUCGAACUUUGACGAAUUCGCCAAGGCUUACAAAUGUCCUACAGGAUCUCAAAUGAAUCCUGAGAAGAAAUGCGCUGUGUGGUAAAUACUGUCUUUGGUGACGUAGACCUGACGAGCUCUUCUAAAGAAAGGAGCAACUUCAUUUACCCGCAUUCAUUGGCGGAAACAUGGGAUUAUUUAAGUAAUAAACGGCAAAACCUUCAUAUUUAUCAUCUGAAUUUAGUGGCGUAACGCAAACUUUUUUAAUGGGACUUCAUAAUAAGCCCAUGAAGCACAUUUUAAGAAUUGCCAGUUUUAGCGGUUCAACACCAGGUGUUUGAAACCUUUCUCGGGUGAACGGCGUUUCAACGUGAAACCCAAAAGCAUAGGCGAGGAUGAACCUUCAUAUAGGGUUUGGCUCAGUAAUAAGUUCUUAAACUCAAUUCAGUAGUGCUCGUAAAGGUGUAACGUUUUCGAUAAGAAGUUCCUUAUGAACUUUGUUCCUUUUAUUGCUCAAACUAUUUUGUAAAACAGCCUCCGUUGCUUAACAGUGCGGGCAGAAUUUAGCUGACAUUGCUUCAAAAGUACCUCUCGUGGCAUUCAUUCCUAGUUUCCAGAUUAUGCCUUGUAUCGAUUUAUAAUUGUUUUUUCGAUUGUUUUUUGUUCCUUAAAACUCACAUAAAAAUGAUGAAAUAAAGCAGUAUGACUC